CUCACUGCUACAUGACCCACUAUAGCUUUUUACUUGUCGCGCGAACUUCCCGAGCGUCAAAAUAUUCUUCUUCUAUUUGUGUACAAGUACAAAAAUCUAUCCUUUCCCCCCUGAAAUACUGAAAUACAAUACUUACCUAUUUAAAACCUGUCAACCCUAAUGUUACCGCCUCGUUACGUUCCUGGCAUCGCCACCCAUCCCAGAAACCAUGCAUUCUGGUGAUGAUGUGCCUCCUUAUUGUAAGGGAGAGACGGCCGCUGGCCCUGGGAACAAGGACAUUUUCGUUCAGUUGGUCAUCUCCCUUGCAAUAGGCAUCACCGCAUUUGUCGCCUUCUGCAUCCUUAGACCGCGAUGGAAAACCCUUUAUUCCGCCCGAAGGCGACAUAAAAAUCCCGAGAUCGCGCUCCCGACGCUUCCCGAUAGUUUCUUCGGAUGGAUGCCAGCCUUGUAUAGGGUGACGGAGGAGCAGGUUCUGGCAUCGGCGGGCCUAGAUGCCUUCGUGUUCCUGUCCUUCUUCAAGAUGUCGCUUCGAUUAUUUACUACCAUGCUCUUCUUCGCCUUAUUCGUCCUUUGGCCUAUUCAUAGAACUUUUGAUGCUGGUGCGCCAGGCGACUCGCCCGGGAACGACACCGUCUAUUCGCAAUUUACACCGAAUUACGAAUCCCACAUCCUAUCAACUUUCGAUCAUCUUUCAAAAGACAAGGAGCCUGAAGAUCAGAGUUUCAGCUACCUACGAGCGUACUUCGUCUUCACGUGGUUCUUCAGUUUUCUAACAAUAUUUUUCAUGGACUCAGAGACUAUCAAAGUCAUCAAAAUAAGACAAGAUUAUUUGGGAACUCAAUCAACUGUAACCGACCGGACCUUCCGACUAACAGGAAUCCCCCGAGAUAUUAGGUCGGAGGAGAAGAUCAAAGAGUUUGUGGAGAACUUGGAGAUUGGGCAUGUACGGAGGGUUACCUUAUGUCGAAAUUGGGCUGAAAUCGAUGGCUUGAUGGCCGAGCGACAAGUUGUAUUACGAAAGCUUGAAGAAGCGUGGAGUGCCUAUUUGGCUCAAGUGCCAGUAGGAACAGAGGCGAUGCGGUACGAUCAACGAGACCGAACGGUGGGCCAUAUCGACUCAGAGGAUCUUGAGAAUGAAGAUGAACCGCAAGAAGAUGGACGUCUUAUCGCUGGGGACAGCCUGCGUGAUCUCAUGGCCGAGAGAGAAAGACCAAAAGUGCGUCUUCGGUUUGGCUUUCUCAGAAUGAGAAACCGUAAAACAGAUGCCCUUGACUACUACGAAGAGAAGUUGCGUCGUCUAGACGAGAGGAUUCGAACUGCCAGGAAAAAGGAGUAUACACCUACAGAUACGGCAUUUGUAACGAUGGACUCUAUAGCAGCCUGUCAAAUGGCUGUUCAAGCAACGAUAGAUCCCAGGCCAGGACGUCUAUUAUCAAAGCCAGCACCAGCCCCUUCGGAUGUGAUCUGGAAAAACACGUACAUCCCACGAUACAAACGCCAACUGAAAUCUUGGUCUGUUACCAUCUUUAUCACAAUUCUGUCUGUUGUCUGGUUCUUCCCAGUGGCAGUGUUGGCACAGCUACUUAGCAUUUGUUCGAUUGCUAAGGUGGCACCGUCUUUGGCUGAUACCCUACAGCGGCACGACAUCACGAAAGCCUUUGUGCGGACUGGUCUACCCACUCUCGUGGUUUCGUUGCUUAAUGUAUUGGUACCGUACCUGUAUGAUUAUCUAUCAAACAUACAGGGAAUGGUUUCACAAGGUGAAGUUGAGCUGUCUGCGAUAUCGAAGAAUUUCUUCUUCAUAUUCUUCAACAUCUUUGUCGUCUAUGCAGUCUCAGGUAGUGCAGCCCUGUCAGACUUUUGGGCGAUACUUCGAGACUCGUUGAGUGACACGCGGACCAUUGCAUUGAAGAUAGCUGGCUCGAUUCAGAGCUUAAACAACUUCUACCUAAACUUCAUCAUGCUUCAAGGCUUCGGCUUGUUUCCUUUCAAACUUCUACAGUUUGGAAGCAUAUGGCUUUAUGCCAUCUAUCGUAUGGGAGCCAAAACACCAAGGGACUUCGCCGAUCUCGUUCAGCCGAGUCUAUUCAACUAUGGAUUCUAUCUUCCAAGCGCCUUAUUGGUCUUCAUUCUAUGCUUGGUCUAUAGCAUACUUCCCGGCGCACAUAUCGUCCUACUACUCGGUAUUUGCUAUUUCUCCCUCGGAUACUUUGUUUAUAAAUACCAACUCCUAUAUUCAAUGGACCAGCCACAACACGCCACCGGUGGUGCGUGGCCAAUCAUUUGUGGGCGGAUCAUAGUUGGCUUGGUCGCCUUUCAAGUUGUCAUGAUUGCCUAUCUCGUCCUCCAGUCUGCCUUUAUAGCUGCGGGGCUUAUUGUACCCCUCGUGGUCCUGACUUUCUGGUAUAAUUAUUAUUCACGGAAUCGAUUUACUCCGCUCACCAAGUUUAUCGCACUCCGAAGCAUCAAACGAGCCUCUGAUCCUGGAUCGGAAAGCCGCCCCGAUCGAGACCCGGAACAAGUGCAACCGGAAACUCGACUGACGAGGCACAUGAGUACAAUAGACGAGGAUAGAGAAAAGGGUAUGAGGUUCAUAAAUCCAAGCCUCAUCGCUCCUCUGGAGCAACCUUGGAUUUAUCAAGAUCCGCCACCGCCAGUCGAAGUGUCGCCCACCGAAUCUAACACAGGAAGCGUGAGCGGGAACGAGGAAGGCAUCGCAAGAAUUCCACGAAACUUUAGUACCGGACUAGGUAGCGUUUCUAGUUCCUUUAGUCUCGGAGAUACCCAUAUUUGGCGGGAAAAUGGCGACAACAAUGUAUGAUGAUGGGCCCAAGGGCGAGAGUAGUAAAUUGUUUGUAUUCAACGAGUACAUGAAAUAAUGAGAUUGAGAGCGUUGCCAUGAUAUCUCCACCCUUUA